CCCGCCCCGCCCCAGCUCUGGCAGCAGCGGCGGCGGCGGCGGCGCGCGCGCAGGCGUUGCACCUGGCGCCUCCUCGUCGGCUGGACGGCCGGCCUCGCCUCGCCGCGGCGCCUCUGCCAUGGUUUUCUCAAAUAAUGAUGAAGCCCUUAUUAACAAAAAACUUCCCAAAGAACUUCUGUUAAGAAUAUUUUCUUUCUUGGACAUAGUUACGUUGUGUCGAUGUGCACAGGUUUCCAAGGCAUGGAAUGUUUUAGCUUUGGAUGGAAGCAAUUGGCAAAGAAUAGACCUCUUUAACUUCCAGACGGAUAUAGAGGGUCGUGUUGUGGAAAAUAUAUCGAAAAGGUGUGGUGGAUUCCUGAGACAACUUAGUCUGAGAGGAUGUCUUGUCGUUGGAGACUCCUCUUUAAAGACCUUUGCACAGAACUGUAGAAACAUCGAACACUUAAAUUUAAAUGGGUGCACAAAAAUCACUGACAGCACGUGUUACAGUCUUAGCAGAUUCUGUUCCAAGCUGAAACAUCUGGAUCUGACAUCUUGUGUAGCCAUCACAAACAGCUCUUUGAAAGGCUUAAGUGAGGGUUGCAGAAAUCUGGAACACUUGAAUCUUUCCUGGUGUGAUCAGAUUACGAAGGAUGGUAUUGAAGCACUGGUGAAAGGGUGUAGUGGACUAAAAGCUCUAUUUCUUAGAGGUUGCACACAGUUAGAAGAUGAAGCAUUGAAACACAUUCAAAAUCACUGUCAUGAACUUGUAAUCCUGAAUUUGCAAUCGUGUACGCAAAUUUCAGAUGAAGGCAUAGUAAAAAUCUGUAGAGGAUGUCAUAGACUUCAGUCACUCUGUGUUUCAGGCUGUAGCAACCUUACAGAUGCUUCUCUCACAGCACUUGGUCUAAACUGUCCAAGGCUGAAGAUUUUGGAAGCUGCGAGAUGUUCACAUCUUACAGAUGCUGGUUUUACGCUUUUAGCACGGAAUUGCCAUGAGCUGGAGAAGAUGGACUUGGAAGAAUGCGUUUUGAUAACUGACAGCACAUUGAUACAACUUUCUAUACACUGUCCUAAGCUACAAGCGUUGAGCUUAUCUCACUGUGAAUUGAUCACUGAUGAUGGGAUUCUUCAUCUGAGCAACAGUACGUGUGGUCACGAGAGGCUGCAGGUGCUGGAGCUUGAUAACUGUCUUCUCAUCACUGAUGUGACUCUGGAACACCUGGAGAACUGCCACAACUUGGAGAGAAUUGAGCUGUAUGACUGUCAGCAAGUCACGCGAGCUGGAAUCAAACGAAUCAGAGCGCAUCUACCUCACGUGAAAGUUCAUGCUUACUUUGCUCCAGUAACUCCCCCUCCUUCGGUAGGAGGGAGCGGACAGCGCCUCUGCAGAUGCUGUAUUAUUCUUUGACAGUAAGUGCAGCCACACAGAAAAAGUUUGUUGUUGUUGUUGAAGAAAAGGACUGCAAGUCAGCGGAAGGAGUCGGUUUCCUGACGGUCCUAA